AUGUCCGAGGAGCUGGCCCCGGGCCCCAACGAGAGCCCGCCGGCACCGCGGGCGGGCCCCCGCGAGGUGUGGAAGAAGGGCGGCCGCCUGCUGUCGGUGCUGCUGGCCGUGAACAUGCUGCUCCUGGCCUGCACGCUCAUCAGCGGCGGCGCCUUCAACAAGGUGGCGGUGUACGACACCGACGUGUUCGCGCUGCUCACCACCAUGAUGCUGCUCGCGGCGCUCUGGAUCCUCUUCUACCUGCUGCGCACCGCGCGGUGCCCCGACGCCAUCCCCUACCGCGACGCGCACGCCGGCCCCAUCUGGCUCCGAGGAGGGCUCGUGCUGUUCGGGACCUGCACCCUCGUCAUGGACGUCUUCAAGACUGGCUACUACUCCAGUUUCUAUGAGUGCCAAUCGGCCAUCAAGAUCCUGCACCCCCUCAUCCAGGCUGUGUUUGUCAUUGUCCAGACGUACUUCCUCUGGGUCUCCGCUAAAGACUGUAUCCACGUGCACCUGGAUCUGACCCGGUGCGGGUUGAUGUUCACGCUCACCACCAACCUGGCCAUCUGGAUGGCGGCCGUGGUGGACGAGUCUGUGCACCAGGCCCAUGCCUACAGCAGCUCCCACAGCAACGCCAGCCACACCAUCCUCGCCCCUGACCCGGAGCGAGCCGGCAGCCUGGCGGCGGGAGACUCCUGCCUCUGCAACACGGCCCUCUGCCAGAUCUUCCAGCAGGGGUACUUCUACCUGUACCCCUUCAACAUCGAGUACAGCCUCUUUGCCUCCACCAUGCUCUACGUCAUGUGGAAGAACGUGGGCAGGCUGCUGGCCUCCGCCCACAGCCACGGCCACAGCCCAGCCCGGCUCAGCCUCUUCCGGGAGACCUUCUUUGCCGGCCCGGUCCUGGGCCUGAUGCUGUUUGUGGUGGGGUUGGCCGUCUUCAUCAUCUACGAGGUGCAAGUGAGCGGGGAGGGGGGCCGCACGCGCCAGGCCCUGGUCCUCUACUACAGCUUCAACAUCGUCUGCCUGGGGCUCAUGACCCUGGUCAGCUUGAGCGGCUCCGUCAUCUACCGCUUUGACCGCCGGGCCAUGGACCACCAUAAGAACCCCACGCGCACCCUGGACGUGGCCCUGCUGAUGGGGGCUGCCCUGGGCCAGUACGCCAUCUCCUACUACUCCAUCGUGGCCGUGGUGGUGGGCACGCCCAGGGACCUGCUGGGGGCACUCGACCUCGCCCACGCUCUGCUCAUGAUUGCCCAGCACACCUUCCAGAACGUGUUCAUCAUCGAGAGCCUCCACCGAGGCCCGCCUGGGGCCGAGGCCCCUGCUGCUCCCCCCAAGGAGCCCUGCCAGGGCCUCACCUUUGCCAACAUGGAUGCCCUCCACACCUUGCCCGCCUGCCCACCCACCCCCAGGCUGGUCGACCCCAGCCCGGCAGGCUCUCGGGAAGCAGUGGCCAUCAUCUUGGCCCCCAGGGGCCACUGGAGACGCCGGUGCCUGAAAGACAUCUCUCUGUUCCUACUGCUCUGCAAUGUCAUCCUGUGGGUCAUGCCGGCCUUCGGGGCUCGACCUCACUUCAGCAACACAGUGGAGGUGGACUUCUACGGCUACUCCCUCUGGGCGGCCAUCGUCAACAUCUGCCUGCCUUUCGGCAUCUUCUACCGCAUGCACGCGGUCUCCAGCCUGCUGGAGGUCUACGUGCUGUCCUGA